UGACCUGUUCAGCGGCUGAGGAACGGAGCCCUCGCAAGUGCACGGAAGCGCGUGAUGAAAACCACCACGGAGACAGACAUUGACAGCAAGGUUCUGCCGGAACCCUCCAAAGGUUUUUCCGCACAGAAGGAACCGCGGCCGAAGCCUACGCGCUCUUCAUCGAAGUCGGAGAGCGAUGAUGAAGAGGAGGCGAAUCCUGAAGAGCGGCGACCACGCGUGUCCUACUACAGGAAACUGAUGCUGCCCAGCGGAGAGGCCGUCGACAUCACCAAGAGGAACCAGUUUAUCAGGGAGUGGAAGGAGAAGCGCCUCAAGUGCGACCCGAGGCCUUACUACAUGCUCGCUGCGGCCACUGCCCUCCUGCUGCUCCUGCUCUAUAUUUACGCCUACCACCAAGCAGUGACCUAG